AUGGUCAGAUUUCCCAACUUCCGAGCCUUGCUAUGGGCAGUCAUUCUGGGCUACACAGUUUAUUUGUCCGUUAGUGAACCAUCGAAGACAGAUCCACUCAAAUCAUGCCAAUCGCUUAGGACUUUCCAAUAUGCUUGCGAACCUCCUGCGAUAAAUCCUGAGACACAGCAACCGUUGAACUGUAAUGUAGACAAUUCUGUAACCGUUACUUGUAAAGUAGCAAAUGGUAUUCAAUGCCGUGGACUACUCAAUGGAACUCGUUAUUUUCAUUUAUCGAAACCAAAUGCAUGCAGCUAUCAUGCUCACGUUCAUCAUUCAACAGCCCUCUUGUUAUCGAUAUUCCUUGGAUUCUUGGUGCUCAUUGCUCUACAACUUUUACAACCAGCAGAUGGCUCUGGCUUUAUCAUAAACUACUAUGGUCCUCGGGUGUCCCCUCUAAGGUACUUAUCUUUCUUGAAUGUGUUUUUUUUCAAAAAAUGCGAUGGCAUCACUAUGCUUUUUCUUCGUACAGUUCAAUGGAGUACAAAUUACUCUGCUUUACAGUGCAUAACUGUUUAUAUAUCGCGUAAGGGUGAUACAUUUGUAAUUGUAUUAAUUUCAUAUUACAUUACAUAUGAAUGUGUCUCAAACAUCUUUUCUUCGCUUCUCAAAUUUAAAUUGAAUCACAUGAUCGAGCAAUAG